AUGGUCCUUACCGCUCACCUGAACUUCCCUUCUAGGAAGAAGAGCCGCGACGCUCAGGGAGUGGAAGCGGCGCGCCAGCUGACAGAGUUCACGGUUGCCGCAAUGUCUUCUACCCGCCUGAGCGGCCUCCUCCCUGGAUCUUCUCCCCCUUACACAGCCUCCCUCUGGGAAGCUCCGUGUCCUUCAUGGCAGCAUGUGCUAGGGGUGCCCUUCCCCUCCCCUCUGUACUGGGACAUCCUGCAGAAAGACCUGGCAGGGGGCUGCCUGCAGCUGCUGCUGGCCGAGGUGCUGACCAGGACAGGAGCCAUUCCUGUCUCCAGGCCCCUUAAGGCCCAACCGGAUGCCAGGAGCUGCCACAUAGCCCAUUUCAAGUCUCUGUCCCCACAGGAACUGCACGCCUUCUAGAGGGCCAAUGAUGCAAUUGUCCCCACUCAGCCCACUGCAGGCCCCAGGCCCCGAGGUCACCUCCACCACUGGCUACACCGGCUCCAGGAGGCCCCAAACAAGGAGUCCCCUGGCUGCCUGGAGGCCUCUGUCACCUUCAACCUCUCCCGCCUCCUCACACGGGACCUGAAAUGUGUCACCAGUGGAGACCUGUGUGUCUGA